AUGGAUACUGGGGGAAGGUGGAAGGCAAAACGAAGAAGAUAUGAGAAAAAAACAACAACAGUUAAGAUCGAGGACGGUAAGGGUUGCUGUGCAGGAUGCCGGGACAAACUGUCGUCACUGCUGAAGAACUUCUACGUCCAAGUCCUGAUCAUCGUGGUCUUCCCGCUCGGCUUGUACCUAGUGGAUCUCCUGACUGAUAUCCUCCUAGCGGUUUCAUACUACAACAGCAGGGACUACACCUGGUUCGGACUGACUCUAGCCUUCAUCCUGCUACCGUCCAUCGUCAUGCAGGUGUGGACGUGGGUUUGUUUAGGAAAUGAAAACCAGGAGAUGGACAGGGUUAUCACCCGGGGGUGGUGGGUGCUGGUCCUGUGCGUGCUACAGUUGGGCGUGUUCGUGGACUACUGGGUCCUGUACCAGCGGUUUAAGAGAGGGUCUGACAUCGGGGACAGUAAGUACGCUUUCCUGCCGCAGAUUCACCUAGUGGAGACGAUGCUGGAAGCAGUGCCGCAGCUGUGUCUACAGCUCUACAUCACCAUCGUGCAGCACUACAGGAGCAAAGGAGAGGAGCCCGGCAUCGUCAACAUCUCUUUCAUCCACGACAACACCGGGACGGCCACUAGUAGUGCCCAGACGGGCGGUUCUCCAACUCCGCCCGUGAACCUUCAGAUGAUCUUCUCGGUUACGACCUCCCUGCUUGCCGCCGUGAAGGCCCUGAUGGUGUACGAGUACUACUACUGGAAGCGCGGCAAGAAGGGGACUCAGGUCGUCAGUAACGUGCUGUUCGCAGCGUGGAAGAUUGUGGAGGUGUGCUGCAGGGUGGCCACCAUCGCGCUAUUCAGCUCGCUCCUGAUGCCGUACAUCGCCCUGCCUAUUGCCCUGCACUGGGUCGUCAUGGCGGUAGUGGAAACCAAGGUGGGGAAGACGCAAGCCGCGGUACAGGGGGAGGAACAGCAGCUGAAGCUCCAGCCCGUUUGGGUCAGCAUUCUGGCCGUGGCGCCGAUCGACGUGGUGAGUUGGGUGACGUUCACCCGGCAGCACACCGUGGUACCUCUGGUGACCAACACCAUCCUGGUCACGGUGGAGAACUACACCAUGGUCACGCUGUGGUACGUGUUCAGCCCGUACCGCUGGUACGGUACCACGGCGCUGGCGGUACUGGCGACGGGGUACGCGGUGUCCGUGGUACUGAACGUGGUGUACCACGUCUACACGCUGCGGAAGCGGGCUGGGUCCUUACGCCGGGACAGGAUGACGCACUACAUCAAGACUCGCACCUCCAACUCUGGUGGUUACACCAAGACCACCACUAUAGAGUGGUCCAAGACGACGUACACCAAGAUGUUGGACAUGGUUAUACAGCACUGGUAACGCACUUGGGCACACAUAUAACUAUCGCAGAGUGGAACUCACUGUCACCAAGUACAGUAGAGGCAUUGUCAUUAGAUAGCUUUAAACAA